UACUGGCACGCUCUCACGAAAGACCCCGUCACCACUCCCUCGAAACUCGUCGCUUCGUCCACCCCCGCAAUCUGCACCAUUACCACUCUCGACGACCCAGGACAAUAUUUUGCAUACAGAUAUUGCUACCACCAUUCCCGCACCCCAAACCUAUCCCUUGUCACUGCAGAGGCCGAGGACCUCACACUCGCGAUCUAGCAGUGCUGGCUUGUCGACUGAGGGGAUCAGGAAUCUCAAUCGUUGGUCAGCGUCUACGAUAUCUAGUCGAGCAUCUGGUUCCAACCAACGUGUAUCUUUUAGCUCUCAUGCGCGCCGCUUGAGUGCGGAUGCCGUUGGCUCACUUGUCACAUCGAAACAGUUGUCCGAGAGACAUUCGAGAAAUCGCCGGCGAUCCAAUUCCAGCGAGGCUUCUAGGGGCCUCUUCAGCAGUGGAAGUAAAUUGCGUAGCUCCCCUUCCCCAGGGCCUCAUCGGGCCGGCAAUUUGUCGACAGUCUUUGCGCCGCAUCCAUUGAACUAUAUUUCUGCAACUGAAUCGACGGCCUUCACAGACGGCCAGAGCGAACUGUUGGGUGCAUCUCACGCGCUCAGCAGUGGCCGCAUUAUCGAACAGUACCAUUUCUGGGAUGCAUUCUCCGGCCCUGGCCGGAGAGGAUCAGUUGAACCAGGCUCGCAGCAGUCGCCUCGUGCAAUGAUGCCUUCUGACCGCAAUGGAGGGUCCUACGACAUGAGGGGCCAUUCACGCCACCGCUCACAAGCCGCGAAAGGCAGUACCGACACCACGACGUCGUCACGGGGUCGAGAUAGAGGUAACAAGCCGCCCUCCCAAAAGGCAAUGCUGUCAAGAGCUCUUCAGAAAGCAAACACCGCGGUCCAGCUGGACAAUGCGCAAAACUUUGAAGGUGCUAGGCAGGCCUAUGCCGAGGCAUGCGAGUUACUGCAUCAAGUACUAGCAAGGACAUCGACGGAGGAAGACAGAAGAAAACUUGAGGCAAUUCGCCGCACGUAUACCAGUCGAAUCGAGGAACUGGACCAAAUGGCUCCUGUACAAGCGCAGGAGGGAAAGGCUCUUCCGGCAAGACCUGAAAGUUUAGGUCUGCGGCUGAAUCCUAGUCUGCACUUUGACAAUGAUUAUGAUGAGUUUGAGGCAUCAAGCGGCCUAGAGACUGCAGCCUUGACCAGGAUCCUCAGAGAUGAUAAUCGGGGCUUGCCCGGCCAAGCUGGCUCAAGCUCAUCGAUAUCACGGAAGCAGGAGUUGAGCGAGCCAACCAAGAUCACCUCUGGAAGGACCCCUGAGCAAUAUCCACUGCAAUCCUCCUUCUCUCGUUCGCCUCUUCGGGAGCGCAACUCAGACGACAAUCUCAUUUUUCAACUACCCCAAGAUGACGGCUACCUACCCCCGCCGCUCUCACCUCGUAGACCGAUUUCUCCCAGUCUUGACGGACAAAACAGCCCUGAUGGACCUGUCAGAUCUGAUUUCUCCGUUUCUAUUGCGAGACAGAGUCCUAAACAUGUCCGAGACUCCAGCCGCGAGUCCAAUUCCUGGCUGGACCCUAUUGAUGAAUCAGGUGGCUCGGCGACAUCGUCCGCUCACUCCCGGUCAUCCUCCAUGAACGUGCGGCGGAAACAUAUCCGCGCACCAAGUGGUGCUACUGAGGCUGAAUUCGACGCCGCAUUAGACGCAGCGGUUGAAGCAGCCUACGAUGAUGGUUACGAACCCAUGGGCUUUUCAGACCCAGAACCGUACAACUCGGACGACCAGGUUGUUGCUGAGGCUUUACGGAAGGUAGAGCUGGCCAAAGAGCGCGUCCGACAAACAGAAAGAGAGGUUUUUGAGCAAUCUCACGGGCGCGACCGAACAUCUCAAGUACGACAGCAGUACGGAGAAGACGACUUGCAUGAAGAUUUUUAUGAUGACGGAUCCUCCGAUGAAGAAGAGCGCAUCUUGGAAGAAAUGACUCGCGGCUAUUCCAUCGAUGAUUUCUCAUUUAACCAGGCAUCUCGUCAAGCCGCAGUUCGUCAUUCUGGCUCCAGUGAAUUUGUCCAGCCUUCCUGGCAGGCGUCUGCGAUGUCCGCCAACCCAACUGGCGGCGAAGCAUCCUUAUCACCGGCAGAUGCUGUUCCUAGUUCCAAUUUCCCCCGUGCUGGAAGCCCAAUCGCGCCUCCUCCGGUUCAAUCUCUACCCGAGUUACCCAUUAAGUCCUCUUUUUCAGGAACGGCAGCUGGGCCCGGCCAAACUGUGCGGAAUAGACGAAUGUCAGGCCAAAACCCUAAGCAGCUUAAGAUCGAAACCACGAAGCUUUCGAAGUUCAGUGAUCCCACUCGACAAUAUAGUGUUACCCAAGCCAAUGACAAUGGUCAAAUGGUGGAUUUUGAGCCCCAAGAUUCUAGUGUUCCUACGAAUAUGAAUGGAACAAUGGGAAGACCGUACUCGCCUCUGGAAGGGAUCAGUCCAACCCAGCCGGUGCCUCCAACCCCGCCAUUUAGUCAUGCCCCAAACCGGGAUAGCGAAGACUUCACAGGUAGCCACUCGGGUUCUCCGUCUUUCCGUCCUCCUUUGAGAAAGAACUUCUCGUCUUCAAGUCUGCGAAGUAUGAAAACUCGGAAUAUGUCGCUGUCGAAUCUAGAUGAUGCCUCGGACAUGUCACCGGGUACCCCACUGAGCACCGGGUUUGGGCUUAACGGAAGGCAUCCAGCAAUGCCGACACUUCCGACACCUUUAGCUGCAGCAUUCAGGGACAAAUUCAGAUCAGGUUCCGCUGCUGGCCUCUAUCUGUUUGAUGAUACCCUUUAUUCCCCACAAAGUCCGGGCUCGCCGAAUCCGCUUCAAGUAGAGGCACCAGCACCUCUAGAACCUUGCCCAACAGACUACUUGUUGAGGCCUUUUUGGCUUAUGCGAUGCCUAUACCAAACACUUGCUCAUCCCCGAGGGGGCUAUUUAAGCAACAAACUCUUCGUUCCUCGUGAUGUGUGGAAGGUGAAAGGUGUGAAGAUUCGGAACGUUGAGGAUAAAGUGGCGACGUGCGACUAUCUUACCGCAGCGCUUCUUAAGUUGGCCAAAGUGGAUACUUGCGAUGCCGAUGCUGUCCUCGAAGAAAUGCAGUCGCUGGAGAAUAUCUUGGAGCAGGUCCAGGCUGGCCUGACCCGGAAGUUGGGGACAGAUGUUGGAGUACAGAGUUCAGCUAUAAUCUUUCGAGAUGCCUCGAACUCUGCGGAGAUUGAAGCAGCAAUCAGUGUUCCACGCUCUGCGAGCGUGUCAGGAAAAUCAUCCUUCUCGUGGCGAAGGCUGAGAUCCAAGGGCUCAGCUGCAGGCCUAAAUAACUCCUUCAACGCAAAGAGCAAUGGGCUGGACAGCGGCAAGGAAUCGCCGGGCUUGGAGACAUUGCCGAUGACGGAUCAUCCAACUAGUCGCCCGACGAAACGCGACUUGAGCAACACACAAUUCACUGGGCCGAAUGCGAACUACAUGGGAUCACUAGCCCGCUUGUUUGACGCCGCCCAGGCUAUUGAUCAAAUCGCUCGUCAAGUGGAGGAUCCCGGACUCCGGCACGCAGACAAAACGCAAGUCGGUCUGGAGCUUUGUACCCGACACGCUGCAGAGUUUUUUGGCUUCUUCAUCUGUCGAUUUGUUCUGUCCGAUCUCAGCGCAUUGUUGGACAAGUUUAUCAAAAGGGGUAGCGAGUGGGUUCUCGCAUGA